CAGAAGCAAGACUGUUUAUGUCUUAUCAUUGGCCUGUAGUUUGCUGUUUGAGACCUUCAGACUUCCUGUCUGACAUCUGGUUUUUGUCUCUUCUAGCAACUGCAAGAUGAAAUUGCUGAGGUCACUGUGGAAAUGAAGAAGCUGGAAGCCCAAGGUGAAAGUAAAACAAAUUCAAGGGCAAAGCAGCUAUCUAUUGGAAAAAAGAAAUUUAAUAUGGACCCUAAAAAGGGUAUUGAGUACCUGAUUGAACAUAGGCUGCUUCAGAAUACAGCAGAAAAUGUUGCCCAGUUCCUAUAUAAAGGAGAGGGACUCAACAAAACAGCUAUAGGAGAUUACUUAGGAGAGAGGAAUGAUUUCAAUAUGAAAGUCUUGGAUGCCUUUGUGGAUCUCCAUGAUUUCACAGAUUUAAUUCUGGUCCAAGCUUUGAGGCAGUUCCUAUGGAGUUUUCGUCUCCCUGGUGAGGCUCAGAAAAUUGAUAGGAUGAUGGAAAAAUUUGCUCAAAGAUACUGUCAGCUAAAUCCUGGAGUGUUUAGUAAUAUUGACACAUGUUAUGUCCUGUCUUUUGCCAUUAUCAUGUUAAACACUUCGCUACACAACCCCAGCGUGAAGGAAAAACCAUCCGUGGAACAGUUUAUCAAUAUGAAUCGGGGCAUCAACAAUGGAGGAGAUCUUCCACAUGAAUUAAUUGUGAGUUUAUAUGACAGCAUAAAACAGGAGCCAUUUAAGAUCCCGGAGGAUGAUGGAAAUGAUUUGAUGCAUACGUUCUUCAAUCCCGACAGGGAGGGCUGGUUAUGGAAACAGGGAACGUCAAAACUCAGUGGUCGUUACAAGAGUUGGAAGCGACGAUGGUUCAUUCUAAAUGAUAACUGUUUGUAUUAUUUUGAAUACACCACUGAUAAAGAGCCACGGGGAAUUAUACCCUUGGAAAAUGUCCAGGUGCGUGAGGUUGUAGACCGGAAUAGGGCCAAUAGUUUUGAGCUCUUUUCGACAGGGAGCGACAUCAUUAAAGCAUGUAAGACAGACUCAGAAGGGAAGGUCGUUGAAGGAAAACACACAGUGUAUCGCAUGUCAGCAUCUACUCCUGAAGAGAUGGCAGAUUGGAUCAAGUGUAUCAAGCAAAGCAUCAGUCAUAAUCCUUUCUAUGAUAUGCUUAAUGCUCGCAAAAAGAAAGCUCAGCACCUAUAAAGAAGAAUAAGCUUAAAAUAAUGUUUUUAUUGAAAGCUUGUCAAGGCCAUUUUGUCAAACCAAGAAUUGGCUGUGCUUUUAUCUAAGAAAAAUCAAUGUAAUUAGUUGGCAGUAUCUAGGGGAAGAGUACGUUGUGGAAUUGUUGUUAAACUGGUCUGUAUGGCCACUGACUUGUGGAAGAGGAAUUGUUAUUAAAUCGAUCUGAGAGGCCACUGACUUGUAGAAAGUGAAGUAUUUUAAGCUGAUCUGAAGUGGCCACUGAUUUGUUCAAAAUUGAGUGUUUUAAAUUGAUCUGAGUGGCCACUGACCUGUGGAAGAGAAACUGUUUUUAAAUUGAUCUGAGUGGCCAUUGACCUGUAGAAGAGGAACUGUUUUAGAUUGAUCUGAGUGGCCACUGACCUGUGGAAGAGAAACUGCUUUAAAUUGAUCUGAGUGGCCACUGACCUGUGGAAGAGAAACUGCUUUAAAUUGAUCUGAGUGGCCACU